CAGAUAGGGGAGGGUUUGUGUCCACCUUGUCUGGGUGUGUCCCUCUAAAAGCAGCAGGUACUACUGCCGCAUUUCUUACUCUGCCUCUGCUGUGAAGACUUGAACCGCCCGGGAUGGAUCUGCUCACCUUUAAGCCUCUUCUGUUUCUGCUCCUUUUAAUCGGAUGCUGUGUGGGGCAGGACAUUCUGCCGGAGGGUCCGGUGGACGCAGUUGUGGGGAGAAAUGUGACUUUGAAAACCCUGCUUAACAAGCCGCAGUAUGUCUUUAUAACCUGGAAUUACAACGAUGGGAGUGAACAGAUUAAUGUCGCCACCUUGGGUCCAAAAGGGACCAAAGUGGGAGAGCCUUAUGAAGGAAGAGUGUCCAUUGACGCGACCACCGGCGACUUGACCAUGACGUCACUGAAGUCGGAGGACAGCGGGGAUUAUAGCAUCAGCAUACUGGCAGAAGACAGCACCACCAGGACCGCAGAGACUCAGCUCCGAGUUCUGAAGCCCGUGUCUGAAGUAGUCAUCGUGCCCAACAUGCCCGAGGCGAUCGAACACAACAGCACCGUGGUCCUGAACUGCUCCGCUAAAGGCUCCUUCCUCACAUUCACCUGGACUAACGGCACCGCCCCCAUCAUGGACGACGGCAAACGGCUCACAAUUAAAAAUGAGGAACUGUCCAGCACACUGACCAUCACAGGUGUACUCAGGUCAGAUCUGGUCGGCCCUAUCUACUGCUCAGCUGCUAACAACCUGGAGAAAGAGAAGAGUGCACCCUUCAACCUCACUGUCUUCUACGGACCAGAUACAAUCACCAUCAGUCCUCCGAGUCCUCCCGAGUUCAUCCAAUCCGGCGCCAACUUCAGCCUGUCCUGUUCAGCGAGCUCCAGCCCACCCGCCACCUUCACCUGGUUCCACAACCAGCAGCCGAUGGAUGCGUCGGGUUCCGUCCUCACUCUGAAACAGAUCGAGGAACAGGGGUUAGGGAAGCAGACGGAAGGAUACACAUGCACGGCUAUAAACGCCAAGACCGAGCGCGCCGUCUCCUCUCCUGCUGUUUCCUUCGCUGUGAUGGAGCCCAUCUCAGGUACCACCAUCACCGGUCCAACUGCGACCCUCAUCGCCGGCAACAGCACAGCAAACAUCAGCUGCCAUGCGAAGGCCGGCACCGUGAAGACCAGGACCUGGCUGAAAGAUGGCAAACCUCUGACUGCCAGCUCCCACCUGGUGUUCUCUGAAGACAUGAGCUCAAUGAUGAUCAGCCUGCUGCAGAAAGAGGACAACGGAGAGUACACGUGUCAGCUCGUCAACCCCGUCAGCACUGACACAGCCUCCUACAAGAUGGUGGUCAACUACGGUCCUGAACAAGCGGUGGUGAAGGGUGAAGGGGCCGUAGAGGUGAACGACCAUGUGAAGCUCACCUGCUCCGCGAUGUCCAUCCCACCCGCCAACUUCAGCUGGAAGUUUAACGGCACAGUGACCGGCGUGAAAACGGCGCUGUACACCAUUGAGAAAGCCGUUUACAAAAACACUGGAACGUACAUGUGUGAGGCGCUAAACGCUGUCACCGGCAAGACCACCACGCACACCUUCAACCUGUCUGUCAAAGAGGAGGGAACGUUGGAUGAAGGUCUGUCAGACGGAGCCAUCGCCGGAAUCGUCAUCGCCGUCCUCGUCGCUCUUGCCGCCGCCAUCGGGUUAAUCAUAUACUGCCGACAGAAAGUACCGGUCGAGUCGCCGUACUAAAGACGUCCCUGCACACCGGUGGAGAUCCGACCGUUUUGUUUCCCAUGAUCCAUCUCUGCAGCUGGGAGGGAAGUCCUAUAGGGGUCCAGCCGGUUUUUCCUGUGAAGCCCUCGUUGGACCAGCUUUUCCCAUCAUCCCCCUCUCUCUGCCUCUCUCUGUCUGUGCCUGACGAGGACAAUGGAAACUUGAUUUAACCCAAACGAUGGAUUCUAUCAGCAUUUGGAUUAUUAGCUGGAAUCUUCACUGUUAAUCUGAUUUAAUUUUUUUUUUUUUUUUUUUUUUUUCACCUUCACCUUCACCUUACCCACAAACCGUCACUGGAUCAUCCUCAUCAUCAUCCUUCUCUUCUUCUCUUCCGCUCGGUGUAAACAGACGUUGUCCGUCACCUUUUGUCUGGAUCACUGCUGAGAGAAACUCUGAGACGUUUCCUGAUGGACUGAUGGUUACAAUGAGUGACUCUCUUUAUCCUGCUGGAAACCUGAUCACACACGCGCACACACACACACACGCACGCACGCGCACACACACGCACACACAGUAACACCAUAUGACUGUGGUGUCUGGGUGAUCACACACAUACACACUCAGGCCACACACGUAGACAUUCAGGGGCUCUGGGUUAAAAAAAAUACAAUGAAAAAAGUUUUUGUGGUUUGAUUUAUCUCACUCUCUGUGCCAGGUGGGUGGAGUUUGCCUGAUGGGGGAUGCUUCAAAUGCGCUGAAGGGUUUUCAAGUAAAUGUUGUGAUGCUUCUCUUUGCUCGACAGUGUCACCGGAUCCAAAAUACCUCAGUUUGUUCUGUGCUCACCACUUUGUACAAAGUCUUUUCUAACGCACCUGUUGAGCCGACUUAGCGUGUCUGCCAUGUCUGUCUCCCUCCCUAUGCAGCUGCUUUCCCCCUAAUGUCUCUGUUGUUUCACUAUGUCCGACAGAAGAUUUCAACUCCUCUGAGCUUCCACCUUAAAACAUCUGGACGAAAACAACAUUUCCAUUAAUUUAUGGCCAUUUUUAACAUGUGAACAUAGUUGUGUAAAAGCCCUUUAAAGCCCCAGAUUGUGGCAGUAAUGCAAAACAAGAUACCCCAAUAUAACAUCCAUCCAUCCAAUAAUCAUAAUCAGUAAAAAUUAUUUUUAUUAUAUUGCUCAAAACAAAGUUGGGGUACUUUAUUUUGAAAAAUGACUGAAACUAUAAAAUUAGAAUAAUCAAAUAAGUAGACAUGACACAUGACAGUAAAACAAUAACCACUAAUGAUAAUAAAAUUACACUAUAUGUUAUAUGAGUUCUUUUCUGAAUACUUUACAUGAAGUAGAAAGAAACUAAAACACACGUGCAGACUGACAGAGGACAGGAAAUAAAUAAAUAAAAGCAGUUUUACAAAGCAGAAUUUUUAGAGAGUUCUUGAAUGUAGCACGAUUAACAGAGGCAAACACCCCCCUCCCCCCGUGGCCCCUCAUAUUGGUACAUUUUUCAGUGACAUCUAUAAAUCCCUUCAAAUCUCCCAUAAAAACAAGUCGGGGCCCCUGAUGACGUGUGCUGCAGCAAGAGUCUACCGAUUGCCUGCAUGUGAGGCGUUUAGGGGACAUCUGUAAAUUGUAGUGAGUGCUAGUAGUCUGCAUGGGGGGUGGGGUUGAGAUUGGUGGAUUGGACCACCCCCCCCUCCAGAGUUCAGGAUAGUCACUGACGCCUGGAGCUCAGGUGUGCUCUGGGAGGAGGGGAUGUAAAUUAAAAACAAAAGGGGUUCAAACGAAAUUAAAUUUUGUCAAACUCUUUUUAUUAAUUAGAAUUGAGUUUUUGAAGUGAACAUUUGUGUAUUUGUGAUUUGGCGAAGAUGAUUGUGUUACCUCGGAGAGCGUUACAGCUCCUAUUCAUGGUCCCACACCUGUUUAAAUCUUCCUGUUUAAAGUGCUUGUAGUCAGUUUAACUCAUGGAAACACAUUAAAAGAGGACACUGUCCAUGGGAAGUCUCCUUCCAUCAUCUGUCGGCUGUGAUUCUGGCUUUCUUUCAGCUUUUUUUCCCUCUCACGCUUUACCUUCAUCCUCCCCCCUUCUUUAUGGUCCAGGAUCCUCUUGAGUCUUUGUUUAAAUCGUCCCAAGUCGUCCUCAGUGGAGGUGUGUGUGAGAGCGGGAGAUAAAUGUGUAAAGGCGGCACAGACAAGAUCCAACACGCAGUGAUGAGUCAGCGUGGUGAAGGUGAAGAAGAAAGAAAACGAAAGAAAAAAAAAAAAGUAGCGGGAAGGUGGUUUUUUUUGUGGGUGGAGACAUUCUUUGAGUUUUGGAGGGAAAGUCUGGCGAGCUUCAGGGCGGUGCUAGCGAGUUUUAUAAAAACUUUUUUUUUUACCACAAUUGGACACAAGAUAUUUUAAACUAAAUUCUAACUUUUUGCAGGUUAAUGAUAAAUCCGUCAAUCAUCUGAAAACGUUAAAGAAAAAAAACCUCUCUUUGUAUUAUUAUUUGAAGUUCAGCUUUUAGCAAGAUCACAUAUCUAUUCUUGAGUAUUUUGUCAUCAAACCUCAGAUGAUUUCUCCUGCGCUUUGAACUAAUUGAUGAUUUUUUUUUUUCUUUCUUUGUGUGGUUGUUUGUGAUCUCAGACUUCAACAUGCACUGCAGUCUCUGGUGAGAAAGUAUUUAUUUUUGUUUAGUUAAAAAAAAAAAAAAAACCUUAAAAACUGGAGCUGAAGAUCAUAGUCGGUCUGCAGAUCAGUGUUUUUUUUUCAAUUUGUGUAUUGUCACUCUGAAUCCGUGCUUGAAAACGCUCACACUGAACUUUAAACAGCUUUUAAAAUUAAAACGUAAUAUUCAAUACAUUUAUGUGUCCAGUUUGGGACAACUUACACCAUAAAACAUAUUAAUAACAACAUGUAAACAGAUUUGUUGUCCCAAACAAAGCGCAUUUAUAUGUUUGAAAACGACGGGAGCAGCCUUAAAGAGAAGCUGCCCUCAUUGUAAAUAAUAGAGAUAGAUGUUCUACACUGUAAACUGUUAUUGCCACUUUUUUUUUUUUUUUUUGAUUGUAUGUGGGGUUUUAUUUCUCAUCAUGAUAAAAACAUUUUCUGAGAUGCUUUCUUUUGUUUUAUUAAUGUUUACAAAAAGGUCCUGUACAAAUCUGCAGAGAUUUAAUAAAUAUACCCUCAGUAAAA